UAUAAUAGUAUAAAAGUGAACACUUCGUUUAACGGAGAGUUUACCGUGGGCGAUAAGCGGGCAAAUAAAAGUGUCAACACGGGAAAUGUUGAACUUUUCACAACAUCGGACUUGAGUGAGUGGUAUCGGAAGCGAGUCGUGGAGCCGACUCUGAGAUCGCUCGAGGAGUUCCAGGAGAGUGACAGUGGCUGGACAUUAACAUCAAUAACAAAUUCAACUGUGAACAUCAACAAGUACAACGCUUUGCGGGCGGGAUGUCACGUUUCAUUGGCGAAACGUAUACAGUUGAAAAGAGCGGUGGUAAAUGUGAAAUCGGCGGAUAAUGCGUGUUUUGGAUGGGCUAUGACUGCUGCACUUUAUCCAGCAGAAAAAAACAGCGAUCGCACAUCCUCUUACCCGCAUUAUUCAACGAUAUUCAACUUCCAAGGCAUCAACUUCCCUAUGACGUUGGACCAGAUUGGGAAAUUUGAGAAGAUGAAUAAUCUCUCAAUCAAUGUCUAUAGCGAGAAGGAGGAAGUCAUUCUACCAGUCCGCGUGAGCAAGGAGAAGAAAGAGCGACACUUCAACUUGCUUUACAUCGAAGACGUGUCGGGAUGUGGAAUUGGACACUUCGCGUGGAUCAAGAAUUUAUCCCGGCUCGUCAACUCACAGCUCAAUUCUGAUGGGCACAAGAAAUACAUCUGUGAUCGAUGCCUUCAUUACUUCCCAACCAUUGAUAAGCUGCAGUUCCAUGAGGUGGAUUGUGGCGUUAUCAACGAUUGUGCCGUUCGACUACCAGCUGAGAACGACAAAUGGUUGGAGUUUACCAAUGCCAAUCGGAAGGAGCGUCUCCCGUUCGUGGUAUACGCCGACCUCGAAUGCAUCUUGGAGAAGACCAGCUCUGAAGAAAGGGAGAAAAAUAAGAGCCAACAUCAUCGCGUCUUCAGCGUUGGAUAUUAUGUAAAGUGCUCCUACGAUGAUUCGCUUUCGGGAUACCACGAACGCCGAGGUGAGGACUGCGUGGAAUGGUUCGUAGAAGAACUUGAACAAUUAGCUUUGCGCGUAGAAAAGAUUCUUCUUACGAACGUUCCGAUGAAAGAAUUGUCUCCGCAAGAGUGGAGGAAAUUUCGGGAACAAAAAGAGUGCCAUAUUUGUGAGAAACCUUUUGUCGAGGGUGACGAGCGUGUUCGCGAUCAUUGCCACCUGACAGGGCAAUUCAGAGGUCCGGCUCAUUCAAAUUGUAAUUUAAACUAUCAGAAUUCGUAUGUACCUGACGCAGAGCACAUUCAUCAGAAUAAUUCAAUUCCGAAGCAGGAAAUAUUUUCUCCAGCUACAGCGAAGAUUUCAAAGAAGAGAGGCAGCCUGAAUUUCUCUGAACUUCAGAAAGCCUUUAUAAAUCUUUCUCCAGGGUGGCCAAAAUAUGAAUCAAGUUGCGCAGGCAUAAAAUUGCUAUUUUAUUACAUCAAUGAGACUGUCGCAGUGAACGGUUCUUUCCAAAUGCUGUCAUCAAAGAAUGUCAUGAUCAAAGAAGACAUGUCAAUAGACAUAAGGGUAUUUGGUCAGUUGCUUGCUCUCAGUAAUUUUAACAUGCCUCGCCACAUAAGCAACAUCGAAGAUUUGGAAGAAUUAUUAUUAAUGAUUCACCGUUUCAAUGUGUGUCGUGGUGUAACACAGCCGGCGGGAUCAGGAAUAUUGGAAAUUGAUUUGAACACUAGAUCAUUAAUCAAAGAUAAUGCUGGAACUUUGCGUCACACAGAUUGCAUCUUGCUCCUGAAAAAUUUGAAAAUGUGCACGCGUUGUAAUGCGACGAACAACGCUCUGCGAAAAACUCGACGUCGAUUUCAACAAACUGGGAUAGAUAUGCAAAAAGAAAAGAUCGUCCGAAUGAAAAAUCAAAAUCGGGUAUUGUCAACUUUACGGACGAAGUAUCGUACAGUGCUAUGA